GGGUCGUGCUCCUCCGACUUCAGACACCCUUCUCUCGUCCGGAGUCUCUCCAUCCCAAUAUAGAGCCGCCCAUUCCCCGCCAACAGACAGGUGACACUUUUGGCCUUCUUCUCUGCCAGCGCUGUGCACUUGCCUAGUCGAUAGCAUUCUUUAAUAUCGGCUCACUUUUUACCGUUUCGACGUUCUCUUCUCCUCCGCAGGUCCGGCACCUCACCUUCCUUUCUUCCACCCGUCUAGGACUCAUUUGCAACUCUCGACCGGGUCGACUUUUCUCUCCUUUUUUUCGGUGUCUUUAUUUGGUUCGGGCUCCGGUUAGCUUUGGCAACGAGGUUUCUUUUGCUUGAUUCGAAUUACCGUCAGACGAAUCGAACUUUCGCCAUUACAUCGCCAGGCCUUCUCGUCAUUUGGGUCUCAAGACAAGCUCGGGAGACGACUGCCGCAAGGACAUCGACGACUUGUCGAUCAGCAAGGAGACGCAGGACAAACCAGAAAGAGACAGGAUUAGAAGGACGGUGUAACCUGGAACCAUGGGUCGCCUCAUCAAGAACCACUGGGCUCGCCUCAUCGUCAUGACAGCAUCAGCCUACCAAGUUGCCGCUGCCAUCGAAGGCUUCUUCUGGCCUAAGAUCUUCUGGGACUUCCUCACCAAGACAUUGGAUCCGGCUGUCAAGCCUAUACCGGCCCUUCAGAUCAUAAAUCUGGUCAUGGGCUUAUUCAUGUUCGCUCUCGAAUGGCCUAUGCCUCUACUUGCCGGCACGGCACUUCACCGCAGCCUCGAGUUCCGUCUCGUCAUGUUGCCUCUUACCACCCUCGCCGCCUCUCUCCUUUACCAGGCGACGAACCCAGCAAUCUACUACCUCACCGCCCUGAUUGUGUACUUCUGGGCUUACAGCGAGGGCGAGAUUAUUUGCGCAAGCCCCUGGUCUCUGCCCCAACGAGCCCGCUCCAGCGGUCCACGCGUAUAACCCACGACAAAACUCAACGACACACAUCGCCAUCACCUUUCCCCCAAAUCCAUGUACUAUAUGCCGCGAUGCCUCGACCUCGCAGGAGAAUCCCAGAGGGACUUUCACCUGGCAGAGAGGCGGAGCCUGUAUAUUCAGCCAACAGACGAGCAAGACAAUUGGUCUGGACGAUCGGCAACCCCAAACAAACAAAGCACAC